GCUGGGGCCACGCAGGCCGGCGGGCCCUGCGCCCUCGGCCCACACGCGGACGCGAACCCGCACUCUCUGUCCGGAGGCGAGGCUCGGAGGUCCUACAGGAAUGGAUCUCUGGCAGCUGCUAUUGACCUUGGCAGUGGCAGGCUCAGGUGAUGCUUUUCCUGGGAGUGAAGCCACCCCAGCUCUCCUUGUCAGAGGAUCCCAGAGUCUGCCGAGAGUUAAUCCAGGCCUAGAGACAAAUUCUUCCGGGAAGCCUAAAUUCACCAAGUGCCGUUCACCUGAACUAGAGACUUUUUCAUGCCACUGGACAGAUGGGGUUCAUCAUGGUUUACAGAGCCCAGGAUCCAUACAGCUGUUCUAUAUUAGAAGGAGCACUCAAGAAUGGACUCAAGAAUGGAAAGAAUGCCCUGAUUAUGUCUCUGCUGGAGAAAACAGCUGUUACUUUAAUUCGUCUUACACCUCCAUUUGGAUACCCUACUGCAUCAAGCUAACAAGCAAUGGUGGUACUGUGGAUCAGAAGUGUUUCUCUGUUGAGGAAAUAGUGCAACCAGAUCCGCCCAUUGGCCUCAACUGGACUUUACUGAACAUCAGUUUAACGGGGAUUCAUGCAGACAUCCAAGUGAGAUGGGAACCACCACCGAAUGCAGAUGUUCAGAAGGGAUGGAUAGUCCUGGAGUAUGAACUGCAGUACAAAGAAGUAAAUGAGACCCAAUGGAAAAUGAUGGACCCUGUAUUGUCAACAUCAGUCCCAGUGUACUCGUUGAGACUGGACAAAGAGUAUGAAGUGCGUGUGAGAUCCAGACAACGAAACUCUGAAAAAUAUGGUGAAUUCAGUGACGUGCUCUAUGUAACACUUCCUCAAAUGAGCCCAUUUGCGUGUGAAGAAGAUUUCCGGUUUCCAUGGUUCUUAAUUAUUAUCUUUGGAAUAUUUGGGCUAACGAUGAUACUAUUUUUAUUCAUAUUUUCUAAACAGCAAAGGAUUAAGAUGCUGAUUCUGCCCCCAGUACCAGUUCCAAAGAUUAAAGGAAUUGAUCCAGAUCUCCUCAAGGAAGGAAAAUUAGAAGAGGUGAACACAAUCUUAGCCAUUCAUGACAACUAUAAACACGAAUUCUACAAUGACGACUCUUGGGUGGAAUUUAUCGAGCUAGAUAUUGACGACCCUGAUGAAAAGACUGAAGGCUCAGACACAGACAGACUUCUAAGCAAUGACCAUGAAAAAUCACUUAAUAUCCUUGGGGCAAAGGACGACGACUCUGGACGUACCAGCUGUUGUGAACCUGACAUUCUGGAGACUGAUUUCAAUGCCAGUGACACGUGUGACGGUACCUCAGAGGUUGCUCAGCCACAGAGGUUAAAAGGGGAAGCAGAUCUCUUGUGCCUUGACCAGAAGAAUCAAAGUGACUCGCCUUCUAAUGAUGCUGCCCCUGCUACCCAGCAGCCCAGUGUUAUCCUAGCGGAGGAAGACAAACCAAGACCACUUCUCAUUGGUGGAACUGAGUCAACUCAUCAAGCUGCCCAUACGCAGCUGAGCAACCCAAGUUCACUGGCAAACAUCGACUUUUAUGCCCAGGUAAGCGACAUUACACCAGCAGGGAGUGUGGUCCUUUCCCCGGGCCAGAAGAAUAAGGCAGGGAUCGCCCAGUGUGACACGCAUCCAGAAGUGGUCUCACCCUGCCAAGCAAGCUUCAUCAUGGACAGCGCCUAUUUCUGCGAAGCAGAUGCCAAGAAGUGUAUCGCCGCGGCCCCUCACACCGAGGCAGAAUCACGUGCAGAGCCCAGCUUUAACCAGGAAGACAUUUACAUCACCACAGAAAGCCUUAGCACUGCUGCUGGGAGGUCUGGGACAGCAGAGCGUGCCCCGAGUGCUGAGACGCCCGUCCCAGACUAUACCUCCAUUCAUAUAGUGCAGUCUCCCCGGGGCCUUGUACUUAAUGCUACUGCCCUGCCCUUGCCUGACAAGGAGUUUCUCUCGUCAUGUGGCUACGUGAGCACAGACCAACUGAACAAAAUCAUGCCGUAGCUUUUCUUCAGUUUCCCACGAGCUACCUAUUUAAUGGCAAAGAGUUGGCUGGGGCAUGAAUGCUUAAACCAAAACAAUGUUUAAACCUUUUUUUUUGGUUGGGGGAGGGGGAGGAGUGAGGGUGGGGGAUUCAGAUUCUAAAUGCCUUUUCCUCAAAUGUUGAAACAUGAUACUAAAAAAAAAGUCCUUAAUCAGAUAGCUAUUCCUGUAAUAUUGUAAAUAUUUUAAAGAAUUGUCUCAAAGACUGUUUAGUGGCAGUGAUUGUCUUGUUAUUGUGGGUGUUAAUUUUGUGCUCUAAGCAUUGAAUGGCUAUGUUUUUAAUGUAUAGUAAAUCAUGCUUUUUGAAAAAGCGAAAAAAAUCAGGUGGCUUUUGCAGUUCAAGAAGAUUGAAUCAAAAUCAUAGCAGAGGCUAAUUUUUUUAAUAAUUGGGAACUAAAAUUAUAGGUAAGAAGAUGAGAACUAGUUUGGAUAUGUAGAACAUUUAUUUUGACAUAAAAUGGAUAUAGAUAUUUUUAAUAACUGACACUUUCAGCAUGGCUAUUUUCUAUUACACUACACACUGUGUACUGUAGCUCAUGCCGACCCAUCUACAGAAUGUAGUAACUGCAGUCUAAAGCUGGUUUCAUGCUUUGGUCAAUGCACCUGAAGCAAAAACAAGUUAGUUUUUUACAAGGCCCUUUUUAUACCUCCUAAAACUCUUAAAAUGAUUGUAGUUACCUGCAUUAUUGGAACGUGCUUGUCUUAGCUGAAUUUUUUUUUAACAAGUAUGUGUUAAUUUAGAAAACUUUAAAAUGUUUGCACAAGUCAACUUACCAUGAAUCAAAAAAAAAAAAAAAAACAUUUUCUUACCCAAGUUUUGGUUCAUGUCCCAGCGCUCCAUCCUAAGAAGAAAUCCUAGCUAGUUCAUACUGAGCAGGAUUCAUACACUCGCUGCAGAUGCCAGGGAGUGCGCUCCUUGUGCGUGCAGAUCACAGGAGACGAGCCUUAGAACCUCGGACGCCGUGUCCCUUAGUUCACAUUUGCCUAAGGAAGGAAUAGGUACAAGAAGCAUUUUGUAAGUUGAAGCGGGUCGAGAUGAAGUUAACCAGCUCAUGGAAUGAAAAGUUGGAGAAACAGGUUUUUUGUUUCACAGCCUACAUAGCCACACACAUGCGUAUCAUGUACUCAGGUAACGAGAAACAGAAGAAGCAAGAUUUUCAGUCCCCACAGAGAACUCAAGUUUACUUAAACCAAUAGCAGAAAUUUUCUUCCUCACCGCACCUUUGAUAGGAGUUAUUUAAGGAGUGAAAGAAGUUUCAUCAUUUUUUUUUUAUUUCCCCUCUAAAUAGACUGGCCUCAAAGCGGGGAGCUCAGAAGAAAAAGGAGUAAUUUGUCAAUUAUUGUUCAAUCCCUUAAUAACCUAAACAUCACUUACAGGAGGAUAGGAAUUGUGCCCCAAAAGGCUGUCAAAUGGAAGACUCAUCUCAUAGAAGAAUGCUUCUCAUGUUAAGUAUUUUUUUUAAAGGUUAAUAGAACUUUAAAGUUAGCUUUAACUUAAGUGGUAUUUGCCAUUUAGCUCAGACCUUUUUAGGAAACAAGCUCAAUGGCUGGUCAUUUUAAAGUCCCUCUUUCUUGCAGGAAGGAUAGUGAAAAGUUAAAACUGGCUGUUUAAAGUUCAACAUGUUACUUUGUAAUAGAUGUUUGAUAGAUUUUCUGCUACCUUGCUGCUAGGGUUUUCUCUAAGAGCUACAUAAUUUAGAUUCAUAGACAAUUUCCUUGAUGUAGAACCUAAUUCAACCUAAAACUGUGUGUUUGGGAAAACUCUUACUAUUUCACAAUAGGCUGACAACAUUUCUAUAGCCAAAAAUAGCUAAAUACCUCAAUCGGUCUCCGAAUGUCAUUUUGGUACUUUGCUGGCCACACAAGCCAUUAUUCACUAGUCUGACUAGUUGUGUCUGCAGUUUAUAUUUAACUUUCUUUAUGUCUGUGGAUUUUUUUCCUUCGAAGUUUAAUAAAUUUAUUUUCUUGGACUCGU